GUGUCCAUCACUCCAUCCAUAUGAGAGAGGAGAAUAUGCGCCAUGCUCCCGGAGUCCCUGUAGCACAAUACUGUCAGUACAUACUCCUAUAUAGAUAUGCAGGCUUCCCCGUAAGACAAGCCGCUCUUCACCUCGGAUUGCGCCUUCAAUUCGUUCGUCCUUCCAUGUCGAUUGAUUCUUGAUUGAUUGGGAGUGGGGGAAAAGGAGAGCCGGGGAGGGAAAGGCAAAGCAGAGCCCGUAGCGUCCUUGUCACAGACAGACAGACAGAUAGAUAGAUUGUUGGCUAUGGCGUCGUCGAGGGGGCCUCUCGCCGCGCUGCUACUGCUGGCCGCCUGCGCCGCCUUCUUCCCUGCCGCCGGAGCCGCCGGCACGCCGGACGGGUCGGAGGAGUGGGGCUACGUGGAAGUCCGGCCCAAGGCGCACAUGUUCUGGUGGCUGUACCACAGCCCACAGCGCGUGGACAACGGCAAGACGCCAUGGCCGACAGUGCUGUGGCUACAGGGAGGGCCGGGCGCGUCCGGCGUCGGGUACGGCAACUUCAUGGAGAUCGGGCCGCUGGACGAGAAGCUUAAGCCCCGCGCAACCACAUGGCUCGCCAAGGCCGACCUCCUCUUCGUGGACAACCCGGUUGGCACGGGGUUCAGCUACGUGGACGGCGGCGACAAGAGCCUGAUGGCGCACACGGACGCCGAGGCGGCGCGCGACCUCGUCACGCUGCUCUGCGCGCUGUACCGCGACAGCCCGCGGCUCCGUGCCAGCCCGCUCUACAUCGUCGCCGAGUCCUACGGCGGCAAGUUCGCGGUCACCACGGCGCUCGCGGCGCUCAGGGCCGUCGACCAGGGCCGCCUCGGCGUCCACCUCGCCGGCGUCGCCCUCGGGGAUAGCUGGAUCUCGCCGCUCGACUUCGUGUUGUCGUGGGGGCCGUUGCUGUACCAGGUGUCCCGGGUGGACGAGAAGGGCCUGCAGCAGUGCAACAGCGUGGCGGCCAAGAUCAAGGAGCAGCUGGAGAAGGGGCAGUUCGCGGACGCCGAGGCCUCGUGGUCGGAGCUGGAGGGCGUCGUCCUCGCCAGCUCCAACUCCGUCAACUUCUACAACUUUCUCAAGGACGAGGCGUCGGGGGACGCCACCGCCACUGCCACAGCGGCGGUGUCGACACUGGCGUCCUUCAGGCGCCGGGGCGGCUACUCGGGCUACCUCAGCUCCAUGGCGGCGUCUUCGUCGUCGUCAGCAGGCGGCUUCGACGGGCUCAUGAACACGGUCAUCAAGAAGAAGCUCGGCAUCAUCCCAAAGGAUCUCAAGUGGGGAGAGCAGUCAGACGACGUGUUCGAUGCUCUGGCUGGAGACUUCAUGAAGCCCAGGAUACAGGAGGUGGACCAGCUCCUCAAGCUUGGCGUCAAUGUCACCAUCUACAGCGGACAGCUCGACCUCAUCUGCGCGACCAAAGGCACCAUGGACUGGGUUCAGAAGCUCAAGUGGGACGACCUCAACAGUUUCCUGAGCUCUCCUAGAACGCCCAUCUACUGCGACAAGGAGGGGCAGUCCGGCACCCAGGCCUUCGUCAAGUCCUACAAGAACCUCAAUUUCUACUGGAUACUCGAAGCCGGACACAUGGUACCCCUGGACAACCCUUGCCCUGCGCUCAAGAUGCUGGCUGACAUUACGCGAUCUCCUGCCGAGUAGCAGGAGGAAGAAAACAAGGCGACGGAAUGGAACGGCCUGACACCAGUUCUUCAAGAUUCUUCUCUUUUCAUACAGUCAGAGAAAAAUAAGUCAUUGGUGGUAGCAUUCAUACAUGCAACAAUAAACACAAAGGAAAAGGUAGUGAUAGGAUCAGACAGAUAUUUAAUUCGGCAGAUAUUAUUGUGUAGCACCGCUAUAGAGCUUGCAGCUGAAUUUCCAACAUGAUGAUCUGAUUGACAGUGCUUCUCCUGUCUCAA